CAGAGAGAAAUCACUCCCUCUGUUCUUCCCUUCAGUCACUGCAAAUGCUCACAGCUGCCCAAUUCUCCAGCCAUGCAAUCUUUGGCACCAGAAUCAAUGUCCGAAGGAAUAGUUCUCCGGAGUUUUUCCAUGUUUGGAGCUUGAAAUUGCAGCAAAGAUGGAAGCUUGUCACCUUUAAAGCUCUCAAAGAUGGGGCUGAAGGAGGAACUGGAGAUUUAGCUGGCCAGAGAUGGAAUCCUGGGCUGGAAAUUGAAGUCCCUUUUGAGCAGAGACCAGUUAAUGAGUAUUCAUCUCUGAAAGAUGGAAUUCUUUAUUCCUGGGGAGAAUUGAGUCCUGGAUCCUUUUUCUUUCGUCUUGGGGGCUUGUGGUUUGUGACAUUCAUUGUUCUUGGAGGUCCAAUCGCUGCUGCAAGCUUUGAUCCUUCCAAGGAUCCUUUGAGGUUUGCACUUGCUGCUGGAACUGGAACUCUGCUCCUGGUGUCUCUUGUCGUGUUGCGAAUAUAUCUGGGAUGGAGUUAUGUGGGCAAUAGGCUCCUUUCAGCUGUGGUUCCAUAUGAGGAGACUGGGUGGUAUGAUGGCCAAAUGUGGGUAAAGCCACCAGAGGUCUUGGCUCGUGAUAGGCUACUGGGCUCAUAUAAGGUGAAGCCUGUGAUCAAGCUUCUAAAGCAAACAUUAGUAGGGACUGGAGUACUGCUUGUUACUACCAUAUCGUUAUUCGUAUUUGCGACUCCAUUUGAGGAUUUGCUGCAUUCGGGUGUUUCAAUCACAAGGAAACAAUUCAACUUCAAAUGUCAAGCCGAAACUUCCUGCAGCAAAGAAGAGCUGCUGAGAUUACCAGUUGAAGUAAAAGACAAUGACGAUCUUGCGGCCGCUGCAGCUGAGGCUGCUGGUGGAAGGCCAGUUUACUGCAGAGAUCGUUACUACCGCGCAUUAGCUGGAGGACAAUACUGCAAGUGGGAUGAUCUACUUAAUUAAUUGAACAGAAAGAAGAGCAGCAAUGUUUCGAGUGCUAAAUUUAUGUCAUGCUUGCAAUGCUUUAAAAGAUGAAUUCAUGUUGCUUUGCCAAUAGAUAUAUCAAAUGUCAAAAAACAUGUUCUCAUUGUAUAAAGCUUGUAUUUUGAUUUGCAAUGGUGUUGUUGAUUAAUUGGAGGUGUUUUUGAGGAAGUAUUACAAGA